AAAAAUACACUUGGUAAGCUGCAGAUUCCUAAUGCCGUCCCGUUAGUAUUACAGUGCUUAUUUCUUUGACCGCAUUGGAAUUUACGUUUAGAAAAGCAUACCAUGGUAUAUUUUGUAAAGGCAAUUUUUAUUUGGAUUGUCGGUGUCGCUGCGCUCUAUGAGAACUCACCCAGGCUCAUCAUUUCCAAAGAUGAAGGUGUUAACAGACACAGGUUCAACAAACUACAGAACAACAUUGUGUUCUUCCACCCGAAUGGAAGCCCAACUUUGUAUGUAGGGGGGACUGAAAUGGUCUGGUCCAUUGACUUUGAUGCAAAGAAGUACAUGGAGAUUCCCUUUUUGGCGGAAAACAAAAGCAGGCAGGACUGCAAAGAGGAGAGCCUUUGUGAAAAUGUUAUUACUGUCCUGCAUGAAUACCAAGACUCUCUUUUGGUUUGUGGGACCAAUGCAUUCAAACCUCAAUGCUGGAAUCUGAACAAGAAUGAAUCAAAGGUGACACCUGCGCAGCGCAGCGGAAUUGGGAUUUCUCCUUUCUGCUCGAUGCAGAAUUCUCUGUCACUGUUCGUCGAGGGCAAUAUCUACGCAGCCGCUCCACUGUACAAGCAGGGAAAUAGCCUGCAGUUCCGGAGGAUUUCCGAUACCAAGGUCUGGAUGUAUGAGAAGUGGCUUGACAAGCCUACAUUUGUCAGUGCCACAUGGGUAAGCAGAAAGCAAGAUCCGGAAAACGAUAAAAUCUACAUGUUCUUCCAGGAGAAAAACCCAGACAGAAGCCCUGACACCGAUCCUUGGAUCUCUCGGAUUGCCCAAGUCUGCAAGGUGGACAAAGGCGGCCCCAGAAGGCUUUUCCAGAACACCUGGACCUCCUUCCUGAAGGCCCGGCUGGUCUGUGGCCUUCCCAAGGAGUCUCUGUACUUCAACAGGCUUCAGGAUCUCUUCGUACAGCACGCCCAGGACUGGAGAGACACCCGUGUCUAUGGCCUCUUCUCCAGCAGCUGGAACUCUACAGCUAUUUGCAUAUACUCCAUGGUCGAUAUCGACAGAGUCUUUCGGGAAUCCGAUUUUAAAGGUUUUUCUGGGACUAUCCCUGAUCCCAGACCAGGAACAUGUGUCCCGGAUAGCAGAAGUCUCCCUGAUGAGACAAUAAACGUUGUCAGGACGCACCCCGAGAUGGAGAAGUGGGUCUAUCCCCUCCACAAUGAAGCUGCCAUUCUCACCAGUAACAGAAACUACACCAAAAUCAUUGUGGACCAGAUCAAGGGGGCCCAUGGGAACACACACAAUGUCAUGGUUCUGGCUACCGAAGAGGGAUGGAUCCAUAAAGUGUUGGAGGAGAAUAAUAGGUCUUUCAUUAUAUCAGAAAUCCGUCCGUUCAAUCAUACAGCGCACAUCCAGACAAUGACGCUCGAUCAUAUAACAAAAAGGCUCUAUGUUGGAUAUGCCGAGCAGAUCGUUGGGCUGGAUUUGCAGAGAUGCCAGGACUAUGACCAGACCUGUGAGGAAUGUGUGUUGACCCGCGAUCCAUACUGCGCUUGGAAUCACAGGCAAUGCGGACCUGUAAACCAAUAUAAUUCUCUUCAAAAUGUAGAAGACGGCAGCACUGCUGUGUGUUCUGAACAGCCUAAAGCUGAAAAAUUGAUAUCAAAACAGUUUUCUGAGAUACCUCCAAACACCUACACCGUCUCUCUGUCUGCCCCCUACUACCUGUCCUGCCCAAAGAAAUCCCACCAUGCCAAGUACGCCUGGGAACACGACAGCAAAGGGAGGCUGGAGUGCCAGUGGACCGAGUCGGAUUGUCUGCACCUGAUAAAAGCCAUGACUGAAGAAGACUACGGCACUUACAGGUGCAUCUCAGAAGAACGGGACCAUAGAGACACAAUCAUACAGUACAACCUCUUGGCUGAACCUCAUGGUAUGCUACUGAGCAAGAGAACUGAUGAUAUCUGGGUAGUAGUUGUGCUAGCGGCCUUGGGCUUAUGCCUCCUGCUAAUUACUGUUGCAUGUGUAGUUGGCUUCAAACGUAGACAAUACCAUAACAUUUCAAAACAUGAUAGAAAACCUCAAACAAUAGUUCCGUAGCUAGUUCUGAAUGCUGUAGUUCUGGAGCUGAAGUAGGAGUUGUCUUCAUUCACUUUUUAAGGUAGGCAUGCUGAUAAGUAGAAUGUGUCAUGCUCCCCAGACAUCUGCCCAAAAGGGGUCAACCCGCGGGAGUGUCUGUGAGUAUUCUCCCUGUGGGAUCCCCAGCCAAGAUCAGCAAAUUCUUUAGCCAGACUGCAUGAAACCCUGGAUACAAGUUCAGGCUUUACCAGAUGAGCCACUUUGGAAUCUGGAACUGCAUUUUACAUACAAGAGUAUUUAGGCUUUACAACAGGCAGAGAGAGAAAGCAAGAAAGAUGGUUUGUGCAUGUGUGUCAGGGGGACGGCCUGGGGUCAGAAAGGAAGUCUAGUGCAUAAUACUGUGUUAAAACUGAAUUAUUUUUAUUUGUCAUUCAUGAGGAGUUUUUAUUCAGAUUUGAUAUGAUUGCAUUGUAUCAUUAACAUCAACAUAAAGCACAAUACUCACAAAGCUUUUACUAUAACUGUAUUGGUUUCCUCAAUUUGUUGUUAAUCAGAUGUAAAUGGAGUGAUGGAGAAAAGGGUUCGGGCAGGUGUCAUGUGAGCUGGAACACUGUCAUUGAAAAAGUGAUGCUGCAGUGUAAAUCAACAAACUUUUAUUACUUAUAUCAUUUUAGGUAAACCAAUAUGAGAAAGACUAAAGUAUGCAUUUAUUUAUUUAUGUAUUUAUUUAUUUGAAAAAUACUGAAGGAUUUACAAAGUUAAAUGUUUAACGUGAUUACAGCUGACAAAAUAGUUCCAUAAACCUUACCUGUGGCUCUACAGGGGUCUGUCCAUGUGCAGUUCUGCAAGAAGCACACAUUACAACAAACGUGUUGUCCUUACUCUCCGGAAAUCAGUUACUGUUUCUCAUCUUGGGUCAGUUCACCUCAGCAGUGUCACUGGGGUGAACGCAGGCUCUGCAAAGCAUGUCAUUCAUUCUGAGAAGUGGCAGGUUGGAUAAUAACAGGAAAGAAGGCGUUGAUGGGGCGCAGCGUGAUCUACUCUGGAGGUGAAAUGGCCAAAGAAAGAAAAUCAUUAGACUUUAAUUCUAUACCAGUAAUACAGGUAUUUAUAAGGCUUUGUUAACAUUUACCACACUAUUGUUAUAGUAUAUUUUUACUGAGAAAACAAAUUUAAAUAUCAGUAUUAUAUAUUUGUGUAGUGCUUUUUAUGGCAUCUGUGAAGGAACUAUUGAGGUAUGCAAAUGCAGUAUAAUAAACAUUUAAAAAUAA